AUGUCUUUGAGCGAAUUCUACGCCGACGAAAGUCUCGGGGGAUCUUGGGCUGACGACGAUAUCGACAUCAACUCUAUCGCCGUCUCUUUACACAAGCCAGCAGACUCGUCUUCCUUCUCUCGACACGGCGAUCGGGGUCAAUUUGGACAAUUCGGACAUUACUCGUCGGGACCUGAUAAUGAUCGCAUGUUUGACGGGCGGGGACGAAACGAUGGCAUGUUCAGAGACCUGAAGCCUCCAUACAUCGCCAAGUUCACCAAUCUGCCAGAACAUUCCACAGGGAAGCUUAUGAUCGAGCUGUUUGGGUCGCGAUUCACACGGUUCGAGAAAUGUAAAGUUCUGAAAGACCCGCACCCUCCUACUCCACGGUUCAAUAUUUCAUCCUCAGGUAAGGUGGAGCGUAAAUGUGCGUAUGUUCAAGUGGAAAGUGUGCGAGAGUUGCAAAAAGUGCUCAAGUGGAACGACAUAUUCAUCGAUAGACUAAGAAUCAAUGUGGAUAUUGCCGACUUCCAAGAUUUCAUGGACGUUCAGCAGUACAACAAGGAUAUUGGAUACGAUGACGAAGCAGAGGAAAAGAAACAGGCAGAAGCUCCAGCAGCUCCAAAGCCUGAAGAGAAGCGUAAGAUUGCCACGAAUCCGGCAAAUGCUUCAAAUGGACCAAAAGCAGUGACUGAGUCGAAUGUUGCAAACGAUUUAAAUGGCGCUGCAGCCAGUGCUCAGCCACCAAAGCCUAAGCCUAAUCCGUUUGGAAACGCAAAGCCGGUAGAUACUGCUAGCAAGCUUCUUGCCCUGGAGAAUCAAGAGAAAACGGCAGCUGCUCAUCCUGUGCCGCAACCUAAAUCGAACCCCUUCGGCUCGGCGAAGCCCGUGGAUGUACUUUCAAAGCAACUGGAGAUCGAGAAGAAGUUGGAGGAACUAGCAAUCAACAGCACAACGUUCAAGACCAUUGCUGGUGUUGAGAAGAAAAAGGAAGAGCCGGCAGAAAAGUCUUUGUCUCCCCGGAAAAGGUCGCAAGAGCCGUCACGCGCGGGCGCAACGGUGAAAGCUGUGCCACAGAAGACUCUGAGCAAAUCUGACAGCAAGGGACGGGAAAGACGAGAGAGAAAACGGAGCAAGGAGCCAAAAGAGCCAAAGGAAAAGCCAAAGAAGGAGGAGCAGGAAAGCGAAGCUGUUUCUGAGGAAAAGGGAGAGGUUGACAAGAUAGAGCCAAGUCCUGUUGAGGAAGUAAGCUCGACAGACACUUCUGCAGAAGGGACGAAGGAGAAUACGCCUGUGGUUGCGGAAGCCAAGAAUAGAGAUCCUAUUCAACGAAGCUUCCGCAACACGCGGUACGUGCGCGAAGGCGAGCCGCCUCUCCGCGGCCGUGGACGAGGACGAGGACGGGGAUCGAACCGGGGCUCUUUGCGUCAGCGAGGAAGAGAAAACUUCGACGAGAAGUGGGAGCGGGGAGACAAGCUUGCGGAGCUCAAAAACGGAGAAAAGAGAAAGGAGAAAGAGAAGAGUGAGGAGGCAGGCGAGAAAACAGAGUCCAAAGAGCCAAAGAGCUCUGACGAGCCAGAAGACGUUGCAAAGCCAAAGAAGCCAAGGGAGCCACGGGAGCCACGGGAGCCUAAGGAACCUAAGGAACCUAAGGAGACCAAUGAGCCCAAUGAGCCCAAGGAGUCCGACUCUGACGGACCGUCAACCGACUCGUCCAGACGUCGCGGACGGUUCAGGGGCCGAGGAAGGGGCCGCUUUUCCAAGCAUCAGUACACCAGUCUAAAAUAUGUCAAGCCCGGACUGGCUCGUAACGGUGAGCCGUUGGAGCAGACCCAGGGAGACAGCUAG